AUGAUUCCCAUACGCCCUCUAGCACGCGUACUCACCCAAGUGCUCUGGAUCGCGGGUGGCAGCGUCGUGAAGGCAACCCUGCGAGCUUACCGCGAGUCAGUGGCCAACGGAGCUGUGGCGGGUACGUCCAUUCUGCGGCGGCAGAUGUCACCGGACGAGGCGGCCAAGAUUCUCGGCCUGCCGUCCACCGCUCACCUUCCCCUGGCCGAGAUAGAGAAGGCACACCAGAGGCUGCGCAACAUAAACAUGGCGUCAAGCACGUUCCAAGGGUCGCCGUACCUGGUCGAACGCAUCGAUGCUGCGCAGCAUGUGCUGAAGGAGCACCUCGGUAAACCGUGA